CAUGGGGAACAAGGUGGUCACCUUCACAGAGGAGCAACUGGACAACUAUCAGGACUGUACAUUUUUCACAAGGAAAGAAAUAUUAAGGGUUUACAAGAGGUUCAGGGAGGUCAGUCCAGAUGUAGUGCCGAAGACUAUGACAGGCAAUGAGGCACACACGGUCCGCGUCAACAGGGAGCAGAUGGAGAGGCUGCCGGAGUUGAGGGAAAAUCCCUUCAGAACCAGAAUCCUUGAGGUAUUUUCAAGGGAUGGAAAGGGAAACUUGACCUUUGAAGAUUUUUUGGAUCUUCUCUCCGUGUUUAGCGAGCAAGCACCUCGGGACAUCAAAGUGUUUUAUGCUUUCAAAAUAUACGAUUUUGACAAUGAUCAACACAUAGGACCUGAGGACAUCGAGACGGCUCUGAGACUACUAACACAUGGAGAACUUACUCCAGAAGAGAUCUCUCAGGUUGUGGAGAAGGCAGUGGAGGAGGCAGAUGUUGACGGGGACGGUAAACUUUCCUACAUGGAGUUUGAACAUGUCAUCUUGCGAGCUCCUGACUUCCUUUCAACGUUCCACAUCAGACUUUAGAUCUCAAUACCAAAUGAAA